AUGUGUUCAGUGCCUGUGAAAGUGUUGAGGAGAACUUUCUCGCAAGUGGGCUCCAACAGUCCGCGAGUGCUUCAGCAAGCUUUGGUGAAAGCCAAAGGUUCCGAGGCUCUUCGAUUGUGGAAACGCCAUGCUCUGAACUUUGAUGCCGUGAACACCAUUACGGCCAUACGCUGCGUCGUGUUUUCUCGUGGCACGGCUUCAAAGCAUCUGGCAGCUUGGCGAUGCCUCUUGCAUGAGGCUGAAGCCAUUGUCCCCACACUGCUUCCAAAAGAUCUCUCUGCCCUGGCUUGGGUUCUUGGCCGGGCGGAAAGGGGAGUUGUGCCGAAGGAGGAGCAGCAGCUCCAUGCAGCGUUGGUGAAAGCUGUAAUGGCGCAGAUCCCUGCUUUUUCUGCGAAAGAUCUGGGCAUCAUUGCUUGGUCAGUGGCGAAGCUGGAACUCUGCGCCCCGUCGGAUCCGUUGGUGCGUCUUUUGGCUGGAGAGGUGGCUGCUCGAUGGGAACAGCUGAGUGGCAAAGAAGCUGUCAACCUGGCCUGGGCAAUAGCCAAGAUGGAGGCGGAUGAGCCGAUGCUUAUGAAGAACCUGGCGCAUCGAGCGGCCGCCGAGCUCAGUAGCUUCAACAGGCAAGAUGCAGCAAAUGCGGCCUGGGCUUUUGCCAAGGCAGAGACUCGUCAUGAGCCUUUGCUUCGCGGACUGUCAGACAUGUUCUUAGCAAGCGCGGCGGAGUUCAAGCCCCAGGAGCUGGCGAGCUUGACGUGGGCUUACGCUUGGCUGGACGUAGCGGAGGAAUACGAGGCCCUGCUGUCCUCAUUGGCUGAUUGUUGUCUGCAGCGCGUCUCGUCGUUCAAUGGGCCGGGCCUGGCGCGUGCAGCCUGGGCCUUUGCCAAAGUGGGCCACAUUGAGAGUGAGCUUUUUCAGGCUCUGGCAGAUCAGGCGCUUCCUCGGCUGUCAUCACUGGACGGGCCCAACCUUGCGAAGCUGGCAUGGGCCUUUGCAAAAGCAGACCUGGAGGAGGAGCAGCGUCGCUUCAUGCUGGCCAUCGCCAAUCAGGCUGAGCAGAAUGUCCUGAGCCUCAAUGCCCGUGACGUUGCGAUGUUGGCCUGGGCGCUGGCCAAGGCGGACGCAGCCCCGCAGCCGCUGAUGUUGAAGCUAGCCAAGCAUGCGGUGCCUUUGGUUCCUCAAUUCUCGCCUCAGGGCCUCGCCACUUCUGCGGCUGCCUUCACUGCUGCUUCCGUAUGCCCAGAUCGUCUGCGUCGAGCGCUUGUCCAGGGUGCCUGGGAGCAUCUCGCAUCGUUCUCCGCGCAAGAACUCUUAGACCUGCAGUGGGCGAUGGCAUCGCAGCCUGUGCGGGAGCUCGCAUUGGAGGCUGCCAUCAGCCAAGCACCUGGGUGGGCGUUAAGGCGUCCAUAUGAACAUCAUGCGCAAGCUGGUAGCAUGCCUGACUGCUUCAAGCACCUUGUCCUGGUGUUGCUCCUGCAGGACAUUCAAAGAGCCAAGGUGGAUGACCAGGAUCUUAUGGGUCUCGCGCAGCCCAAGAGAUGUGCCGUUGUCUACGUGGACACUCAUGCCGGCGCCGGCAUGUACAAGCUGGAGGGAGAGGAUGGCUUCCUCCGCAGUGAGGAGGGCAUUGGACGCCUUCGGAAAUCUGCGAGUGGAUGGAAUAAGCUGCCUAGUCCCAUCAAGGACUACGUGGACAUGGUGGAAGCCUUUCAGAACUCACCUUCUGAGUCAGGCCUCUACCCGGGGUCGCCGGCCCUGGCGGCGAAGAUUCUGUCCGGCUGUGCGGGUUCCAGAGCCGUGCUUUUUGAGACGGCGGAGCCUGCGCAUGCUGCCUUGUGUCAAAGCAUGGCCACUUUCGCCCCGCACUUGCAUGUGGAUAUUCUGCACGAAGAUGCCUACAGGGGUCUUCCCAAGAUGUUGGAAGUUAUGUCAUCUGAGCCAGAGAGGGCUCUGGUGCUCAUCGACCCUCCCUACGACUUGUGUUUCACGGACAACUUCAACUUCCGGUUGUUGGGAGAGCUUCGGGACCAUUGGCCUUCAGCCUGUGUUGUGAUAUGGUAUCCGAUGCGUGACAGCACAAGAACGCAGAGGGUCUACCGAAGGGUGAGAUCCCUGUCCCUGGGGCCGGUCUUGGCCUGUGAAGUCUCAGUCUGCCGCAGUGCAUGCCCUCGGAGUGCGGUAAGGUGCUGGUGCUGGUGUGCUUGUUUCUUGGUUUCCAUGCCCCUCCAGUGGUUUAGUGGGUUGGUGUGUCUGCGAGUGAGGACUGGCAUGAUGAUUGUGCGGCCUUCUGCGACUGCUUUGGAGCAGAUCCAGAGUGUCCUGCCGGUGCUUGUCGACAUGCUGGCGCCAUCGCCAGAGGUCUCCCGAAAUUGCGAGGUCUUUUGGAUUUGA